AUGGCCACGGAAGGCGACACACAAAAUGUUCCAGUGCUAGUUACUUUAAUUAGUACUGUUAUCAUUAACGGAAUCUCUGGUCCCUUAACAGUUCUGCUCAACGUGCUGGUGAUAAUGGCCGUGAAAAGAAGACCAAGACUCCAGACUAACACCAAUAUCCUGCUGGCCUGUCUAGCGGCGACUGACGCGGUGUUAACAGGUCUUCUGGUCCAGCCAUCGUUCAUUUUGUGGAAAACGCUCCAGUUGCUUAGGAAGACGAGCCAGGAAACAUCGGACGCAACCCGUUUUCACAAUUCUUCUCUACGCACCGCCUUCAUGUGUUCCUCGCUUCAUCUGAUGCUGGUUACGGGCGAGAGGCUUAUAGCUAUCAAGUUCUUCACGCGUUACCCUUAUGUCGUUACAAAGCAGAACAUAAAGCACGCAGUGAUCGUGUUUUGGAUCUUAGCUAUCACUUGGGGGAUAACUGACAUGUUGGCACAAAUUUAUAGCGACAGUCUUUUAUCUUACUUGAAUUUCGCAUUAGCUAUCAUUUUGAUUUCGUGUGUUCUCUUCAUUACAUGUUCUUAUGUGACUUUGUAUCGUGAAACGCUUCGCCAGCGUAAGAAAAUCAAAACCCAACAGCUACCGCAAGAAGCGGUGGAAAGAUUCGUUAAAGAGAACAAAGCCCUUAAGACUACCGUGUAUAUAGUCGGUGCAGUUGUGUUUUGCCUUCUACCGGCAGCGUUUUUUCUUUUUUGGGUAGUUUCGCUUCCGCCGGGUGUAAAACCCACGAAAUUAAAGUUCUUUUAUGCCGUUACACCGUGGAUUCGCACCUUUGGCAUGCUCAACUCGCUUCUUAAUCCACUGAUCUACUGCUGGCGGCAGAAAGAAAUGAGAAAGUUUGUAUUUAGAUUUCAAGCCCGCCAAGUCGUACUUCCUGUAAACUUAAAUUAA